AUGAACGAGGCGAAGCAAAAGAAGGAAGCCAAGAAAAAGGAGGAGAAGGAGCGGAAGAAGAAAGAAGACGAAGAGGUGAAGCGGCGGAAGAAGGACGACAAGAAGCAGAGGCGGAAGAGCUGGUGGCGAGGAAGAGCCAUGGACGGCGAGGCCAUAGCGCUCAAGCACGAAAUGGAGCAGAUGAUGAUGCAGGGGCAGAGUGACUUCGCCUACAGUGGCACCAGCGAGGACGAGCUCAAGAACAAGCGCGAGAACGACCACCGGAAGGUGAGGGAGCGGAUGCGCAUCUACGAGGAGGUCAAGCGACAGCAGAGGGGACAGACCGCGGAGACCACCUGCCCGCACUGCCACUCCCACAUCCCUCUUCCCAGUCACCUCCAGCUCCACGACCAUCGCCCGCAGACGCGUCUGGAGCUGGACGUGUCAGCCGAGUAG